AUGGAAGUCAACGAGGACAUGUCGUACCCCUAUGGGCGGCUGCACCUACCGGAUGACGAUAACACGUUUGCACCUCCACCUCUUAGCGCCUACAGUAUCGCGCUUUUGAGUGACCAUGUCUCGUCUGGAUUCACGGUCAAACCUUCUGAGAAUCUCGACUUGAAGACCUCCUUGAAGAACAAAUUGUCAGUUCAUUUUCUGUCGAAGGCUCCAGGCGCUACUUCUGAGCAAUUUGGUCAAACUGCAGCUUCAGGGAUUAAUGGAAACUCUGCAAACUCUGCAAUGAGCUCAAUCAACGCAAACUCUGCCAAUACAAAUACUGGAACCAUUGGAAUUAGCGGCAACAUCAGCCAAAAUCUCUCCAGUCAUAACCUUACAAGUCACAAUCUAAGUGGGAACAAUCUUAGCCAUAGCACAAGUGGCCACAGCACACACAACACAAGCAACACAUCUAUUGGUAGUUCAUUCAAUGCUCAGCAAGACGAAGACCCUAUGGAUGUUUCGGGCGAGAACUUGGCCAAAUCUUCGCAAGCUAUUGCCCCUGGUGGGUCGCUUGCGCUGGGGAAACUGCUUGCUCGACCACAUUCCAACGGUUUCUCGGGAGUAAAACGGUCGCGAUUGGCACGCAGAUUUCGGUCCUUGGGGCCACCCAAACGUGCAUCCGAGGUACCUGAGCCACUUGAAGAAGUGAAGACAGAGCCCAUAGACUCGCCUGUUCUGGAUUUGGGCCAUACAGCUGAAGACUCAAAGUUACAGCGUCCCAAAAGAUUAUUGCCCAUUUCUCCAGACCCCUCGACGUCCAGACUCGGAAAGACGGCCGUGACUAGCAACUUGGACUUUUUCAAAACUCUCGAGAAGCUCAAGCUGAGAUCGCCCGUUCUUGAGUCGGGUUCAGGUACGUUUGGCCAUGUCAGUCCUCCGAGACACGAGGGUCCUUCUCAUGAAUCAAAUAGACGUUUUGACGCUUCCAAGUCCAGUUCUGUACUCACUAACAGAUCGGCUCAACAUCAAGAAAAUCCGUUUCAACGCCCACUGCUGUCUCGGCCUCCUUUGCACGAAAUUGCUCCUCAUAUUCUUAAUAGUGAGAGAAAACUCUUGGACUUCAAGAAACCCAUUAACACCAAGCCAUAUUCUGUCGAACACACUCCAUUUGCAUCGAAACAGCCUGCUUCGCCUCUGCAUGCUAGUUUCCAUUCCACGGCCAGCUCCGAAAAGUCUAUUUCGGAAAGCAAGUUCAAUGAUGAAGGGAAGCGAAAGAAAAUAAUCCAAAUUAAUUCUCAACAAUACGAGAAGCUAGAGCUUCUUGGUCGUGGUGGCACGUCGAAGGUCUAUAAGGUUCGCUCCCUUGCAACCAAACAAACGUUGGCCAUAAAGAAGGUCUCGUUUGACCAGUUUGAUGAUUCGUGUGUCAAAGGUUUCAAGGGAGAAAUCGAUCUAUUGAUAAAGUUAAAGAAUGAGCCUAGAGUAGUCAAAUUGGUGGACCAUUCCAUCAGUGACGGCUCCAUCUUUUUAGUAAUGGAGUGUGGAGACUUGGAUUUGGCUCGUGUUUUGCAGACAAAGCUUAGCCUUGAAUCCAAACUUGAUUUUAAUUUCGUCAAGUUCCAUGCUAUGGAAAUUUUACGCUGCGUUGAAGCUGUCCACCGUGCGGGUAUUGUUCACAGCGACUUAAAGCCUGCUAAUUUCCUUUUCGUGAAAGGAGUAAUGAAAAUCAUUGACUUUGGUAUAGCCAACGCAGUCCCAGAUCAUACUGCCAACAUUUACCGUGAAUCACAAAUCGGUACCCCGAACUAUAUGGCUCCUGAAGCGCUAGUGGAUGUGAACCAUUCAUUCGUGGUAUCCAAGAGAACAUCGAGCGGCUCGAACACAUGGAAAGUCGGACGGCCCUCGGAUAUCUGGUCGUGUGGCUGUAUGAUCUACCAGAUGAUUUACGGCAAACCACCAUAUGGCUCUUACUCUGGGCAGCUGCGCAUUAUGGCCAUUAUGAAUCCGCAAGUCAAGAUUGAUUACCCAUCUACAGGUAUCGGAGGUGUGCCUGUUCCACUCAGUUGUAUCGAGUUGAUGCAAAAGUGCCUCACCCGUAAUCCAAACGAGAGAUGGACAGUGGAGCAGUGUAUGAACAGCGACUUUUUGAGGCCCAAAUCGGUGAGCCGUGAGUUCGUCAAGGAUUUAGUAUAUUCAGCUGUGAACUUUGGUAGUCAAAACAAGAUCGAGGAGAUAACGGAUGAUGUUUACGAGAAACUUGUUGAGACUGUACUUCGACAGAUUGAAGAUCUCAACUAUGCAUAG